AUACGCCAAAUAACCUGUGCGAGGUUCAAAAGUUGUGUGUGUGUGUGUGUGUGUGUCUGUGUGUGUGUGUGAGAGAGAGAGAGUGUGUAUGCGCGCGCGCGCGUGCGUGUGUUGUCCGCUUUCCAUGGUGUUGCUGUAAAGCUGUGCUGCAGUCUCUUAAAAGGAGCACCAUGGCGAUGUGGAUUCAGGCCCAGCAGCUACAGGGUGAGGCACUGCACCAGAUGCAGGCGCUGUACGGCCAGCACUUCCCCAUCGAGGUUCGACAUUACCUGGCCCAGUGGAUUGAGAGCCAGCUCUGGGAUUCUGUGGAGUUGGAUAACCCAGCGGAGGAGGCCAAAGCCAAGCGUCUGCUGGAGAACCUGGUGUCUGAGCUGCAGAGGAAAGCCCAGCUUCAGGGAGGAGAGGACGGCUUUCUGCUCAAGAUCAAGCUGGGCCACUAUGCAAACCAACUCAAGAGCACUUAUGACCGCUGUCCUUUGGAGCUGGUGCGCUGCAUAAAACACAUCCUACACUCAGAGCAGAGGCUGGUUCAAGAGAGUACAAAUGCCAGCUGUGGCAGUGGGGGGCAGGCCAUGGACACCCUGUCGCAGCGGCAUCAGCAGAUCAACCAAGCAUUCGAGGAGCUCCGCCUGGCCACACAGGAGACAGAGAAUGAACUGAGGAAGCUGCAGCACAGCCAGGAGUAUUUCAUCAUCCAAUACCAGGAGAACCUGCGCCUCCAGGCCCAGCUGAGCAGCCUGGCUUCACUGCCUGCAGCCGAGCGCACCCAGCGGGAGACCACCCUACAGAGCAAGAGGGCCACUGUGGAAGCCUGGCUCACCAGAGAAGCCAGCACACUACAGAAAUACAGACUUGACCUGUCAGAACAACACCAGAAGACCCUGGCCCUGCUGAGGAAGCAGCAGACUCUCAUCCUGGAUGAGGAGCUCAUCCAGUGGAAGAGAAGGCAGCAGUUGGCUGGCAACGGGGGUCCUCAUGAGGGAGGACUGGAUGUCCUCCAGUCCUGGUGUGAGAAGCUGGCUGACCUCAUCUGGCAGAACCGGCAGCAGAUCCGACGCUGUGAACAUCUUACUCAGCAGCUUCCUCUGCCGGGGCCCAUGGAAGAACUGCUGUCCAAACUCAAUGCUGAUAUCACGGACAUCAUCUCCGCCCUAGUUACCAGCACCUUCAUCAUUGAAAAGCAGCCACCCCAGGUAUUAAAGACCCAGACCAAGUUUGCAGCCACGGUGCGCCUUCUGGUGGGAGGGAAACUCAAUGUCCACAUGAACCCACCUCAGGUGAAGGCUGUCAUUGUUAGUGAGCAGCAGGCCAAAGCUCUGCUGAAGAAUGAGAGCACACACAGUGAAAGCAGUGGAGAAAUCCUCAACAACAACUGUGUGAUGGAGUAUCACCAGGCCACCAGCACUCUCAGUGCACACUUCAGAAACAUGUCACUGAAGCGGAUCAAGCGUUCAGACCGCAGAGGUGCAGAGUCGGUGACGGAGGAGAAGUUCACGGUUCUGUUUGAAUCACAGUUCAGCGUUGGGGGCAACGAGCUGGUCUUCCAUGUUAAAACCUUAUCGCUGCCUGUUGUAGUGAUCGUCCACGGUAGUCAGGACAACAACGCCACAGCAACAGUCCUUUGGGACAACGCCUUUGCUGAGCCGGGCAGGGUGCCGUUCAUCGUGCCAGACAAGGUGCUGUGGCCCCAGCUGUGCGAGGCCCUUGAUAUGAAGUACAAGGCAGAGAUGCACAGUGGGCGCGGCCUGUCAGAGGAUAACCUGGUCUUUCUGGCACAGAAAGCUUUUACAAGCAGCAGCAACAACUCAGAAGACUACCGCAACAUGACCAUAUCCUGGGCCCAGUUCAACAGGGAGAGCUUACCUGGACGCAACUUUACCUUCUGGCAGUGGUUUGAUGGAGUUGUAGAGCUCAUGAAGAAACAUCUCAAGCCUCACUGGAAUGAUGGGGCCAUCCUGGGCUUUGUUAACAAGCAGCAGGCACAGGACAUGCUGAUGUCCAAACCUAACGGCACCUUCCUGCUGCGAUUCAGCGACUCUGAAAUUGGCGGCAUCACCAUCGCCUGGGUGGCCGAGAACCCGAACAAGCAAGGUGAGAGGCUUGUCUGGAAUCUGUUGCCUUACACAACAAAGGACUUCUCCAUUCGCUCUCUGGCUGAUCGUAUCAGCGACCUCAACCAUCUUCUGUUUCUCUAUCCUGACCGGCCCAAAGAUGAGGUCUUCGCCAAGUAUUACACCCCUCCGCUAUCAAAAGCGGUGGAUGGAUACGUUAAACCACAGAUCAAACAAGUUGUGCCAGAAUUCACCACCCCGAACCCUGAGCCCAGUGGAGCAACUCCCACUUUUAUGGACCAGACAGCUUCUCCCUCUGUGAGCCACCCCAACAACUUUGGUGUCUACCCCUCAAUGAGUGACACCAUGUUGGAUGCAGAUGGAGACUUUGACCUGGAGGACACCAUGGACGUGGCUCGUCAUGUGGAGGAGCUGCUCCGCAGGCCCAUGGCCAACCAGUGGAGCAGCCAGCAGUCCUGAAGCUGCUGCUGCACACUUCCAGGUCUUCAUCAUGUCUAACAGAAACACCCUCGCUCGUAAUCUCCACUAGACUGUAACCACAACCAGACAUUUCCUGUCUGUAUCAGUCACUCUGGCAGAUCCACAUCACUGUUCACUAUCUGUCUUUAUGUUUAGCUGCCUGCAGGAGAGUUUUGGAAGAUAACUGGUCUGGUGUUGAAUAGGUGUCUGCUUGCCUCAGUGUGUCUGUAGAGAGGACACACCUGCCAUCAAAAGUUCAAAAUAUGGCAUUUGUCAAAAGGCUGAUGUCCUCUCCGGCUUACUGUAGUUUCUCAGGGCUGUAGUGUGGAGUUAGUUUUGGGAUUUUUAUACAAAACUGAGAUACACAGUUAGUUUUUUUAUGUAAGCUUUGCAUUCAUAUGAGCCUGACAAGCUUUUAGCUGGCACUGUGAGAGACAAAUGAUCUUUUCCUUCUGCACAGGCGACAUCGUAAAUAUGACUCAAUGCUGACUAACUGAAUCCUCUGUCAGUUAUUUCCAUUAGUGUCUAGUAAAUCCAGAUGUGAUUAUUAAAAAAACAAGAUUUAAAGCAAGACUAUGUAUGUGUGGCUACAGGAAAACUUCCAGGAUAAUAGAAUAUGUUUACAUUUCCCACAAUUCUCAGUCAGAAAUAUAGUUUAGCGUAUAACAAUGUGUUUUACAGAUUAUUGAUACUAGUAGUAGAUUAUAAGUGGACAGAGUUUUAAUUGUACAGGCAAAAUCUUUGAACUAUAUGAUGCACAUUUAUAUUAAAAGUAUAGAGUGAUAACUUAUUUUGUGAUAAUCAAAUGUGCAACUAAACUGAUAAAUGCUGCUUAGUGUUUCAGUGGUGAUUGUGAAUGAUUUGCGUGCAGUUAGAGAGAUGAACAGUAAAAUCACAAAGCUGAAAUGAGUUUUAUCAGCAUUUGCAGAGAAUAAUCAACAUCCUUAAAUCCUUACUCUGCAUUUCUCAGCAUUGUGAAAGUUCCGCUGCAGCUGAACUUCUGAAGUGACGCAGCAGCAACCUCGGUUAGUGACAUAUUCUGUGUAACAUGUUAAAACACAGUGUGAGUUGACAGCUCAUUCAUUUUUAUAAGAGAAAGAUUUGUUUCAUUUAACAGUUACAUAGUCUUGCUUUAAGUACUUGGUGCUUUCUGUCUGUAUGCUUAAUUGCCUGUGUUACAGCUGCUCUCUCAUGUUCAAAUGGUCCUCAUGAAGUCAGCAACUGCUUAUUCAUUUUAACAUGUUUCUUUUUGUCACUUUGAGAUUUCAGUACAAAUGUUGGUACAAUAUGAGUUUUAAAUGAUGUUUAGUCAAUAGUAAAGCCUUAGAUAAUGACCUAAAAUCCCAAAUAUCCUGACAUCAAUCCACCAGUGUGUAACGUAUGUUUCUCAAAGUCCAAAACCAAAUUUACCAAAUUUUACCCGAAAGUCCUCCAGAGCCACAGAAAACAUGUUAGGACAGUGUUUACAGGCUGUACAGAGGCUGCAGGGGUCAUGUGGUACAAAAAGACUCAGAUGUGGAAAUACAUACUCACAGAUUGCUACAACAAGUGAACACAUCUGCAAUUGUUGUGCAAUUUUUCUAUUCCCUUUUUUUGCACUUGGAUCACCUAGUUGGAGGGAAAAAAAUAAAAAUCUACUGAUAAUAAUUGGAUCAAGAUGUCCUGACCUUCAGAAUAAAAGGGUUGGGGAGUUAAAGUAGUGUCAUUUGUUAUUUAUAGUCAGAAGAACAGCACUAUAACAUGUUCUCUUCCUCUGUGUUGCACAUUGACCAUCAAUCACUCUGAGCAGCAGCUAACAUGCUUCAACUUGUUUUCAGUCUUUCUCACAGCUAUUCUGUGUUUUCAUUUAGCCUGUAUACCAACUAAAUGUGACUCACAUUAAAUAAAAAAGAUUUCUCAGAGAAUGACUUUUAUUCUGAGUAUGAGAUACACAUCGCUGCAGUUUAACGUUGACCCUUACAGUUUACUAAACACUUAACUGAGGUUAGUUUGCACAGUUGAUUUAUCUGUAUGUGCUUGGGUUCCCACACCAGUGCUUUUUCUAUGACAUGACCCCCCUGCAGGCUCUACAGUCCUCCCAAAAAUCGGAGGAGUUUCCCUCUAACUGCGAGCCAGUCAUCUUUCUAAAUGGAGGAUAUCUUAUUCUGGAAUCCAGUGCAGUGUUUACAGGAUUUCACCCUCAAUGUACAUGGAAAGUUAUUGAUUCUGGUUGAUAUGAUUGAACAGGUUAUUGUUUCACUCCUCUAAUGUACUGUACGAGCUGCUUGACUCUUCUCUUCUUAAGUUUCAGUGACUGAAACUUAAAACUUCAUUCUCAACUAUAAAUGUCUAAUAGAAUAUUUGAGGCCAGAGGCUCAACCACAACCACAACCACUCAGCUCCAUCAUUUAUUGUUGCUUAGUAAACAUUGCAGUGACUGACUAUUAUAUUUAGCAUCUUAAACAGAGCAUGCUAUCAAAUGAAACCUUAAGUGCUUUCCAUGUGCUGUCUUGUAAUUCAGUGAAUGCUCAUACCUCAUAGAUGUGUGUUAAUCAAGUGUUUAGCACUGCUUCUCUAACUGCCAGAGUACAAUCAUACCAUAUUUACCCUCAUCAUCAUGACUCUGUAUUUAAAGCGUUUCAUAGAUUCAUGUCUGCCAAGUUCAUCUUUAUUUAGUUUUUUUUUCUGUGAAGCUUCUGUCUGGAGAUGCAGAGGCCGUAGAUCUGUCUGUGCCUUGUGGAUUGUUAAGGGACAGCACCGUCCAUACAGGACAUUUUAAAGCCAUUGUCUUUAACACUGCACUUCUCCCACCAGCCUCAAACUAAAAUAUCUAUAAUGCCAUUUUAAAAACCAACAACUCAACCAGAAUGAAAGUGAACACAGUAAAAAACCUCAGGAAAACAUGCUGUGAAAUAAAGGUAGAUGAGUCCAACUCAACCAAAUAAUAAAUAACUAGAGUGUAGAUAGGAUUACUUUUCUGACUCUUGUUCUAGCUUGUGCCUAUGUUGCUUUUUUUGUAAGAUUGUUGAAUAAAACAAUGAAACACAAACUUUUAAUCAUCUGCUAAAUCAGCAAAAAGCGAACAAGCACUCUGAUGCUCCCACCAGCAGCCGUCUGAUGUUCUUUGCUAAUGCAGUAUUCUGUUUGUAUUUGAAUCAGCUCCAUGUGGGUGUUUACAUAUGUAUGUGUCUUCAGUGUAAUUCACCUUUCUAGCUGGCUGCCGUGCUGUUUGCUGGCUUUUGUAGGCUCUGUGGCCUGUUUGGGAAUUUCUUAUGAACUUCCACAUUGUGCAACAUUUUGCUGGAAGUUUGAUGUUGGGAUUUGCAGAUAUGAAAAUAAACCUUUUUCUAAU